AUGGAGAAGGAUAACACUACCAAAGAAAUAAUAAGAGAAUUACAACAAGAGAUUAUAGAGAAGGAUAAAUUUAUCGCCUCUAUGAAAAAACGCUCAUUGGCCUUUGAGGAUGAUGUGAUUGAAAUUGAAAAAAAAUACUACGACGAAAUCCAGACUUACAAGCGUCAAACAACGAUCAAACAGCGUCGACUUUUGCCAAAUGUGCAUUUAUCGUUUCCCCUAUACCCCAGUUAG